AUAAAAAACGAAGAGAGAAAGAAAAGAAUUAACUGGCCAAAAGUCGAUAGCUCGCUAAUUUGAAUGCCAAUCGAAGCCCUGUCUGCUGUCUGACUGACGCUUCCCGACGUUAGUUUUCCGUGCGUGUUACGCCCACGCUCCGUGACUUUGUCUACGUGUGUGUGUCUGUGUGUAUGUGUGUGUGUCUGUGUCCAAGGAUAAUUGAAGACAGCAACUGACACGUACGCGUGCUCCAAUUGCCAGACAGACAACAAAAGGAUGCGUCGUUGACCCCCAAGAAAAAGUGUGCCAAAAAAAACGAAACCAAAACCAAAACAAAACCCAAUCUCCAAAGUGCAAUAUUGGAUAAGAAAAUGUGCCAGUUCUAAAAGUCCAAGUCUUCCAAGUGUUACACGCACAACAUUUUUCCACUUUUGACAAAACCGGGUCGAAAGCACUUUUGUGAAGCACAGAUAUGAUGCCCUAUCAGGCGGUGGCCAUGGACUAUGCCGGCUAUCAGCGGCAGCCAACGCCAGGUCAUCCGGGCAGUCACAUGAUCGGCUCCCUGGGCAUGUCAGCGGUCCCAUUCACGCCCUCGUGGAUGGUCCCCGCCCAGGACCUUUGCGGCAUGUCCCCGUACAACAAAAUGCCUAACCAACAUCAGCCGGGCGCACCCGGAAUGCACUCACAACAGCAACCCAUCGAACCGGGCAUUCUUGAGCUGCGCAAGGAAAAGUCACGAGAUGCUGCACGCUCGCGACGUGGCAAGGAGAACUAUGAGUUCUAUGAGCUGGCCAAGAUGCUGCCCUUGCCGGCAGCCAUCACCAGCCAGCUGGACAAGGCUUCCAUUAUAAGACUGACCAUAAGCUAUUUGAAAUUGAGAGACUUUUCCGGUCACGGAGAUCCGCCAUGGACCCGCGAGGCUUCCAGCAGCAGCAAACUCAAAAGUGCAGCCAUUCGACGCAGUCCCGCCGUUGAUUUGUUCGAGCAACAUCAGGGCACCCACAUACUACAGUCGCUGGAUGGCUUUGCUUUGGCGGUGGCAGCGGAUGGUCGCUUCCUGUACAUAUCGGAAACGGUGUCCAUCUAUCUGGGACUGUCGCAGGUGGAGAUGACUGGCAGCAGUAUAUUCGACUACAUCCAUCAGGCGGAUCAUGCGGAAAUCGCCGAGCAGCUGGGUUUGAGUUUAACCAGCGGCGGGGGCGGAGGAGGAGGCGGUGGCGGUGGCGGUGGCAGCAGCGGCAGCGGUGCAGCAGGCUUGGCAUCGCCCACAUCGGGCGCCUCCGAUGAUGGGAGUGGCACACACGUUGCUGCCUCGAUGACGCAGGCUUCCACCAGCGGCUACAAAGGCUAUGAUCGCAGCUUCUGUGUGCGCAUGAAAUCGACACUGACGAAACGUGGCUGUCACUUUAAAUCCUCUGGCUAUCGGGCCAGCGAUGCAACGAGCAAUUGCAACGGUAACAAUAACAAUGGUAAAAAUGUUAAGAACCCGGCCUCAAACUAUUCGGUUGUGCUACUGCUCUGCAAGCUGCGUCCUCAGUACACCUUCUCGCACACCCGCAAAUCGCAGCCGCCCCUUCUGGGCAUGGUCGCAUUGGCCAUUGCGCUGCCGCCGCCCUCAGUCCAUGAGAUUCGUCUCGAGUGCGACAUGUUUGUCACCCGCGUCAACUUUGAUCUGCGCGUUGCGCACUGCGAACCAAGAGUUUCGGAUUUGCUGGACUAUUCACCCGAGGAUCUCGUCAACAAGAGCAUGUAUUCGCUCUGUCAUGCUGAGGAUGCCAAUCGCCUGCGCAAAAGUCACACAGAUUUGAUCGAAAAGGGUCAAGUGCUGACUGGCUACUAUCGACUGAUGAACAAGAACGGCGGCUACACUUGGCUUCAAACUUGCGCCACAGUCGUUUGCAGCACCAAGAACGCCGACGAGCAGAACAUCAUAUGCGUCAACUAUGUUAUCAGCAAUCGGGAGAACGAGAACCUUAUACUGGACUGUUGUCAGCUGGAACCGAGUGUGGACAGCAUCAAGCACGAAGAGGGAUUGGGCAAUGAUAAGAGCAGCGGUUCACCUGGAGGUGAUGCCAAUGUCGAUGGCAACACGCAUCUCAGUGCUGGGGAUAUGAAGCUGGGACUUGGUUCCCCUAAGACCGAUCCCGAGGGACACACGCAACGUGGUCGGGGACGCAAUGGGACGACGACGCAUGGAAGUCUCAAUAGUUUGGCGCUGAUCAAGGAUAGUCCAACGCCGCUGGGCGUGGAAGUCGAUGGCGUGCUGCCCGCCACAGUGGCCACGCCCGUGCCCACGCCCACGCCCACCACGAGCGGCACCACGAAGCGCAAGCGGAAGAGCAAGGCGGCACAGCAGGCAGAGGAGCAAGCGGAGCAACAGCAGCAACAACAACAACAGGCGGAGCAGCAACCGUUGAGCAAGUUGCCAGCACUCGAGCAGCGAGAUGCAGUGCAACAGCCAAGGAGUCGCCUGCCUUCGAUUGUGGACGAACAGCCGACAGCUGGAGCUGCGGAUUCGGCUGUCAAGGAUCUGGAACAUGCCAUGUCCAAGCAUCUGCCUUCACCCACAACCAACAACAACAACAACAACAGCAACCAGCCCAACACAGACUUCAGUGCGGAUGCGCUGCUCAAGCAACAACAACAGCAGCAACAACAACAACAGCAGCAGCAGCAUGAUCCCAACGAGAAGAGCAGCACCAUCCAGUGGAUAGGUGCUCCGUAUCAGCAGCCACCGCACAUGCCGGCCACAGCGUUGCUCCGUCAGCUGCACGCCGUGAAUCGCGAGAGCGUCAUCCGGGCUACGGCCAGGCAAACGCCCACCGGAGUGGGCGUGUUCUAUGGCGAGCAGCAGGGCGGUCCGCUGCCGACGCCACCGGGCAGCGAAUCCUCGUAUGAGAAUCAAUAUCUGCAACUGCAUUCGGCGGCAGCGGCGCCGUCGGUGGCACGUCCUGGGAGCCAGAAGGGCGCCAAUCUCUCGGAUGCGUUCACCAAUCUGGUGUCCACCUACGGUGGCUAUCACAGCUCCAUUGACUAUCACAACGCAAUGACGCCGCCGAGUUCGGUGUCGCCACGCGAUAGCAACAACUCCGCCAAGGCACCUCCCUCGGCUGCUCUGGUGGUCAACGGUGGCUACGACUACGCUGAUCCACUGAGGGGUCAAUAUGCCACUCCGGUGGAUGCCUCCUCGGCGACUACGUUGCCAUUGAAGCCACAGGCGUAUACGGCGGCGAUGCAUCCGCAUGCGGGGCAUGCCACAACGACAACGGAGGGCGGCGUCACCUACAGCAAUCUGGAUCAGCCGCAGUACUUUGCACCGCACUCGAGCUUCCAUCUGUAUCACAAGGGCAGCCCCGCCAGCGGCUGGUACUCCACACCCUCCUAGGCUCUGGAUGAGUCAUCGGGUCAGCAGCUGCCCGAUUGUCAGCAUCAACAUCAGCAUCAGGAGCGUUGGGACUUCGUGGGCGCUCUUGGCAAAGUGGCGCGAAUGUUCUUCAGCGCACGCAAGAGCAAUUAGCGCCAUCUAACGACAGGUGCGGCAGACAAGUUAACGCCAUUUAACGGCGAGUGCAGCAGCCAAGCUAGCGCCAUCUAGCGUUCGAUUGUAAAUAUCACUCACAUUUUCAACUUAAUUUAAAGCUUAAUUUAAAAAGAAAACAGCAAAAAAAAGGAAAAAAGAAAAUUCUAUAAAAUUGUUUAGUAAUUUUUAUAUACUAUUUUUUGGCUAAAUGCAAAAUGUUAAAACAUUCAAUGUUGUUAAAUAAUUUGUAAGCUUGUAAAUGAAACUUAAGUGAAGCGAAGGAAAAAAAAAAACAAAACAAAAACAAAACUCACACCCAUUGAAAUUCUAUUUAAAA